GCAUACGUAGUACGUUGCGCGAGAGUCUCGGGCCGACGUUAUUUCUGCGCUUGCGAGGACUUCUCUGUGCCAGUACACGAGCGACCCGCAGGAGAGUCCGGAAAGUUCACGGUUGCUGGAACCAGGUGUUUGUCAACAAUGCAGGAUAGGAUCCUGACCCUCUUCUUUCUUAUUGUUGUCACUCAAUUCUGUGCUGCUCAACAAGGAAAUAGUCGAUGCCUUUUAAGUAGGCUCUCAUGUCCAUCCAAAUUUGCUGACAUGACCGAUAAGUAUUACGUCUACUUCACUAAGCUGAGGAGUAUUAGAUGUAACUCCACCACUGUCACGUGCUGUGAAAGGCCAAGAAAACCAAAUUUUGUGGCACCUAAGCCCAUCACCACUGUUGGCACAGAGAACACAAAGAUCAUAUACUCUCCUGGAUUUAUACGCAGAAAGGCGUAUCCAAAUGAACUUUAUGUCGAAUACAACAUCAACUGCAAAGAGGGUGACCAGGCGUUCUUUAGUCUGACCUACUUCCGUUUGCAAGGAAAGGAGUGCGGCGAUGGCAUGUGUGAGGACUUUAUCACUGUGGAUCGUGGUGAUGAUGGCUUCGGAACACAGGAGGUGUGUGGAAACUCUACAAACCCUACUCUUGUGCUGCAGCUGCAGCAGUCAGGGAAUUUCAAAGUUAAAUUCCGCACGAGUGAAUCCAACAGAUACCCGGGUUUUGAGAUGUACAUCAUUUGUUUCCCAAAUCCUAAAGGUACUGGCAGAAGAAAGAGGAGCUGUAACAACCAUCCAACAACCCCUCCUCCACCACCUCCUACGGACCCAGUUCCAACUCCUAGGGAACUGAUAGAGCUAAAUAAGAUGAAUGACGUGCUGUUUAAUGCUAUCCCAGAAUCAGAUGAUAUAUCCUUCGAAGAUAUAGAGGAUUUCAGUGGCGCUGGUAGUGGCACUGUUAGUGACCCUGGUACCGAGUUUAUUAUUGAGGAUCAGAGAAUGAGAGAAGGUAUUGUAAUUAACUAUUUUUCGCACUCUCUAAGCUGAUAUUCACCCUCAGUGCGCAUGUAAAGUGUGAGUUACAGUAUCUACUUUGUGUGUUUGUCUGCCUGUCAAUGCCACUCUGAAACUACACGUUACGAGGCGGUAUAUAUUAGCAAUACCAACAGCAUCCGGACUAUUAUAUUAGGGCAUUAACACUUAACCAGCCACGGACACAUAAUAAUGUGUCCAGGAAUUUAUAUGGGGGUUAUAAUCUAGGCGCUAAUACUUCUAACAUAAAAUUGUACUUAUUAGAAGAUACCCAUGGCGUCAAAGGAUGAAAAUUAUAAGCAGAUUAUGGCAAGAAAACAAGCGAAAAAGCCAAUAUGCACCACAUUAUCUCGACCAAGUUUAGCCUGUUAACUGUGGAGGAAUUAAAAUUACUUGAAAGACGGGUAUAGAGUCCAUCGUCAGUGAUGCUGCUGGUUUACCAUAAUAAUUGUAUAUACACGUGCACACUAUCAGCCAGGGUUUGCAAAUAAGUACUUUUCAUUCCAGCAAGCACUCUCCUUUUAAAUGAGUACCCACCCCCCUCUUUCUCCAUGUCUAAGUGGAACUUACACAAUUUUUGCCGUAUAAACAAUUCUAUACCCUAACUCUUCUAAAAGAGAAUUCAACGUGGAAAAGGCAAGCAAGGCACAAAUUAUUUCAGGGUCUUAAAUUCAUACGCAUUUAAUCUUACACAAAAAUAGUGUUUUAAUUAAGGUACAAUCAUGCAAGCUAAUCAAACAGGAUCUUGAGAGACACUAGAGUUAUACAUGUUUAUACCAUUAAGAAUUAAUACCAUUGAGUGUUGAGACUGGUUAAUAUAACCUA